UCUUUCUAGUGACUUGUUUUGUGGUGAAUAGUGGAUACAGAUCUAGUCUAGAUCUUUAGACUAAAAAAAAUAGAUCUAGAACUAAUGAUAAUGAUUAGAUCUAGUUUAGAUUCUAGGUAGAUUUUCUUACCUAUCCUUUAUCUAAACCUAGAUCCAAAUAAAUCUACAUUCUGUAUAUAAUUAAUAUCCAGGCAUUAGCCUCAAUAGUGUUCCAAAAUUGAAAAGAGCUGACAACUUUAAUUAUUCACCAUUCAAUGACCUCUUUUAAUAUCAUUAUCAGUCUUAUCAAGGUGGAUCCCUAGCCACAUAGCAGAUGCUGCUCCCACAGUUUUGAAACUAACAUCUUAGUCCUCAAAUGGACUCUGUUUCCUUGUUAUCUAAGUAAUAUGCCUACAACAGCUGAAGAUGUGAUGUCUCAAGAGAAGAUAGCUGACACGAACCAGUAACUCUUAGAUACAAAUGGAAAACUUCACAACAGAACUAAGCUUUCCCAAAAAUAUGUCUAACUCAAUACAUAGCCAAGAAAAUGUUUCUGUUGAAAAGAUAGAAUCUAUGUGUGACUCAAUGCAUAGCCAAGAAAAUCUUUCUGCUGAAAAGAUAGAAUCUAUGUGUGACUUAUUACAUAGCCAAGAAAAUCUUUCUGCUAAAAAUACAGAUGAACCUAUCGACAUCAAAUCAUUAUCUUGUCACAUUUGCAAUGAACUAUUCCAGGAUAUAGCUUACUUUCAGAAGCACAUCCUGAAUCACCAUGAGGAUAACGCUUUUCUAUAUCCUCCAACUCACGAAGAAUUGCAACAGUUUUCUUUCUUAAAAGAGCACAACCUAUUAUACAGCCUAGAAAAACAUUACAUAUGUCUCGUGUGUGGAAAGGUGUUUGUUAAGAAAUCUCAUUUACGUCGGCACAACGCCGUUCACACUGGAGAGAAACCCUACAUUUGUCUUGUCUGUGGUCUAGGAUUUGGUCAGAGGUCUUAUCUCAGGCGUCACAGCCGUACCCAUAGUGAGGAUAGACCGUUUCAGUGUCAGAUUUGUUGCAAAGGUUUCAAAAGAAAAGAUGACAUGCAGCGCCACCUUGUAGUUCAUGGUAAAAAUAAACCAAUCAUAAUGUUUGAAAUCAAUGAAGAGGUUCAAAGCCAAGCUGACGAUUGGUCCCUAUCUUUUCAAAGUAAUACAAAAAUAUUAAAAUGUUUAUUAUGUAAUUCAAUUUUCGAUCAUUUUUCUGUGUUAAAAAAGCACAUCGAAAGUCACUCAAAGUCAAAGCAACAGUCACUUUCUUGUCAGAUAUGUCAUAAAACUUUCCCGAGGAUGUAUUACCUUAUCCGACACAACUUUAUUCACGCUGCAGAAAAACCAUUCAAGUGUGACUCAUGCGACAAAGCAUUCCACUGCCGCACCAAACUCCAGCGGCACCAAUUGAUUCAUGUUAAAAAUGCAGAGGUCGACUGCAGCAUUUGCUGUAAGGAAUUUAAGAACAUCUUUAACUUGAAAAAACACCUUGUUCAAAUCCAUGGACCUUCACACAAGUUUACGUGUGUUCAUUGUAAUAGACGUUUCUCACAGCUGUCCAGCUUGAGAGCUCAUAUUUUAACUUAUACUAAAAUUAAAAAGUUUCACUGUCUCAUGUGCAACCGAACAUUCUUUGAUCUCAGGCGUUUAAAAGACCACAUCAAAAGGUGUUAUUCAGAGAAGAAGAAUUUUAAAUGUAGCUAUUGCGACAAACAUUUUUCCCGAUUGACAAAUUUGACUGAGCAUGUGCUGGUUCACACAGGGGAGAGGCCCUACAUCUGUGAGCUGUGCGGCAAAGGCUUCAGGAAAAACUCAACUCUGUAUCGGCACAUUAAAACACAUUCAGGAGUUAAAGUUUUUAAAUGUCCUGAUUGUGAGAAAAGUUUUCUUGAAAAGUCGCAGCUGAAGCUGCAUAGUGUUGUACACACCACCGAGAAGUUGUUCAAAUGUGAGCAGUGCGGCAAAGCAUUCAGACGAAACUACGACCUGCGUAAACAUCAUGUCGUUCACAGUAGCGACAAACCCUUCGUGUGUGAGUUUUGCAGUCUAGGGUUCAGGCGAAAGUCCAACUUGAUAGAGCAUGUGCGCAUUCACACUAGGGAGAGGCCGUUUGUGUGCCACAUAUGCGAUAAAAAGUUUACCAAGAGCUCUGCUCUAAAAAGUCAUAACCUGUUUCACACUGGAGAGAAACCGUUCAAAUGUAAUCUGUGUGGUAAUGGCUAUAAAAGAAAAUCGUCUCUACAGGAACAUCUACAGGCGCAUGUUGGAAAGAAACUGUACGCUUGCCAUGUCUGUGAUGAGGGAUUUAGACGGAAGCCAUUGCUGCUGGAACAUCUAAAAAUUCAUUCUGACGAGUCUAAUUCUUAAUUGUACUUUUAAAAAAAGUAUUUAUUAGUUUUUCAACAUUUCUCAAGACAAUUGUGUUUAUUUAAUUUUUUUAAAAAGUUGAUUGUUUUUUGUCAUGUAUUAUAUUUAAAUAUGCAUUUUGCCGUAAAAGUUUUAUUUGUUAUUUUAAGGAAAGCAACUAAAGUAGUCUGUUCAGUCUGAAAACAUGAUGAGUUCAGCCAAGGACAAAAGUCCAAAAUCUUUGUCACUUGAUUCACUGGUUAUACUUAAACUGCAGACGCUUAUUCCUUUAUAAAGCAUUGUGUAUCUGUGAAAGCAUUGGCUUUAGGUACAUGUUCCCCCUUCAUCCAAUCUAAAAAUCUAUUUGUUAAUACUUUACCGCUCAGCCACCGCGCCCUUUGAUGUACAAUAAUGUGAUAUUAUUUUCACUUAAGUCAAGCUGUAUUAUGCAGUCCUGAAUUGGAAUGAACAUUGACUGUUACUAAGACCACAUACAAACAAAGCAUCAGGAUCAUGUCCUCUGAUGGUCGUUGAAGGCAUCUGAUCAACAGUCAAGUGCUGUUUGUGGAAAGAGGAGAAAUGUAACAAAAGGCAAGAGUAGUUCCUCUUAUUUACCUUAGAUCAUGAGCUUACCUGUCAUAUUGGUUGAAAACAAUUAUACCACAAACACUUAAAAACAUAUCUCAGCGCUAGCAAUGUUAAAAUGACAUUGAAAUCUUAAUUUGAAGUUUUUAUGUUUAUAUUUAAAACAUCAUCUGUUUCUGUGGCCCAUCGUAAAUGAGAGUGUCACGUCCUCAGCGCAAGAACCAACCGCCUUUACCUUUCUCCAACAAAGUCAGGUACGGUACCCAUUAGAGUUGGGUGGAUACAGGUGUGCCCUGAAGAGCCCAAAAUUCAUAAUCUCAAUCUUCACUAGGAUUUUUACUUGAAACUCCUCGGUUUGGAAGUCAAAACGCUUUAUCAUUCAUCCACUACGCCCCCAUAUUUAUAUUUACUAUUUUUAAAAAAACUUGAUUAAAAUUUUAUUAAGUAGUACAAUUUUUUUUUUUAUUAAGUAAUAAAAUAUUUUUUCUGUCACACUUGUUGUCAUAAUUAUAGUAGAAAAAGAAUUAAAGUCUUGCUUAGCUUAAGUUUAAGGACUUAAGUGACCAGGGAAUUUAGUUUAUGGAGUAUAAUAAUCAGAACAUUAACUGACUGAAGGCUGGAUAUCAAAAGGCCAGGAUUUGGUCAUAACAAAGGUGCCCACAUUAUAUGGCAAUUGAUCAGUAUGGAAUAAAUAAAGAAAUAAUGGGAGCUCACUCUAAACUAGAGAUUUACAGCAGCAAGGAAUAACAAGAAAAACAUUUCCAUUAUUUGUUACUCCCCCUGCCAACUUCAAUUACACUUUACUUAAUCUUGUAGAGCUAAACAUUUAAGAUAAAAUAAUGUAAAUUCAAAAGUAAAAUCUGAAUACUUUUGUCAUCAGUGUAUAUAUAACAAUGAGAUGCCCUUGUACCUUAGCGAACUGAUAACUUCAUAUGUCCCCCAGAGAGCCCUGCGCUCAAUGGACUCAACGCUUUUAGUGGUGCCACGUUUCUCCCUCAAAAGCUACGGUCUGCGGGCUUUUUCAGUGCACGGACCAAAGGUUUGGAACUCACUUCCCAUUGAUCUCAGACAGACAACAUGCUGCACCUCUUUUAAGAAGAACAUUAAGACCUAUCUGUUUAAAACUUUUUUAGAUUAACUGUCAUUUUAGCUGUCGUGUUUGUGUUUCUAAUGUUAUUACAGCGCCUUGAGCCUACAUUUUGUUUGUUAACAGCGCUUUAUAAAUAAAAUUUUUAUUAUAAAUAAAUAAAUUAUUAUACUUCAGUACAUUUCAUGGUUAUACAUUAAAGUCAGUAUUUAAAUUUUGACUAACAAGUCAGGUCAGUACACUUCACUCCUUAGACUUCCCCCACCCUUAGAGAACUUUGUAUUAAGUCAUUAUGCUUUGUAUUUGUUGGUAAGGGUAAUAACACCACUGUAACACUACCAACUUGUUUCAUGUGUUAACUACAAUGUUUAGUCUUAUAUAGAUUAUAUUGAGGCUACCUGGCGUGAAUAGAAGUGUUUUGGAUGUAAUUACCUUCUUUUCUGAAAGUCUGUCAUUUAAAAAAUAAGAUUUUCUGAUAGGUUCUUGCAGCUUCUUCAAAUGAAUAUCAUCAUAUUAAAUUGUUUUGUUUGUUUGUUUUACAUGUUUCGGAUGUUCCUUCAGAGUUGAAGAUAGUUUACUUCCUAGUCCAAACCUCCCGCAGGACGACGGGGGAUGGGAGCAAGCAGAAUUUGAACCCUGGACCAUCGAUAAAUCUGAACGACAGUCCAGUGCGCAAACCGCAUGACCAGGCAGCCAUCCAAAUUGUGUGUACUAUUUACAUCUAAUAAUGUAAGACACUUUAUCCUGAAUUUUAAACUAAAUAUAAACUUUCCACUGAAUAUAAUACUCAUUUUUAGUUGUGAUGCAUUUAAAACUGUCCAACUAAAAUUUAACUUUUUUUUGUGUCUGUUUUUUUUUCUGUCAGAAUGAAAUACUUUUUUUUGCUACACCUAAAGGUUAAAAGCAUCUACCAUUAUUAAGUCUGCCCUCAGGGCAAGACAUUUUCUGCUAACCAAUCGCUAACUUUUUUAGUCACUGGACACAAUUAAAAUUCUAUCUCCAAAAUCUAUACAACGAAUCAUUCUGUAAAAGAAAAGAAAAAGCUUGUCAUGUUUGAAGACCAACAGGUGAAAGUUUUUUUUAAUUUAUUCACAUUAGAAUUUAUUAUAAUUGUACUGUUACAUUUUGUAAUACUGAGCUCUUGUGUAAUUAACACAUUUCCUCAUGGAUAAUAAAGGUAUUAUUAUUUUAUUAUUAUUAUUGUUAGAAACGAACGAGUAUUCAUUCUCUGGCGCUGCCAGGUUCGAGUUUUGUUAAAGAGAAACAAAAUUCAUUGUUCCUUUAUCAGUUUCCACUAAGGAAUUUUCUGGUAAUGUGGCAGGUCUGCAGCAGUACCGCCCUCUGACAGGUAACGAGAACGUUCCGAGGUAUGUUGAGGGCCUUGAGAUCAGUUGUUAUUAUCCCCUCAGUUGAUAUUAUUAUUAUUAUUAUAUUGUUGUUUUACUCAGCAGUAAUUACAUCAUAAGAUAUCUUAUAUGCUGAACUUGUGGAAGGAGUCAGACCCAAGGGCCGCCCAAGACUAACAUAUAGAGAUGUCUGCAAGCGAGACAUGAGAGCCUCAGGCAUCAGUGAAAGCAUGUGGGAAAACAUAGCCAAAGACCGGAGUGCAUGGAGACAGACUGUGCGUGCUGGGACAACCCUUGCUGAGAACAAAAGAAUUGAAGCGGCUUUAAUCAAGAGGGAAAAAAAGAAAGCUGCCCUGUCUGCUAGCCCUAAAUCAGAGGCAUACAAAUGUACGAAUUGUGGCAAAGUCUGCCGUUCUAGAAUUGGCUUGAUUAGCCACACCAGAUUCUGCCCCGUCUCAAGAUUAAGCCAAAACCAGUGACUCACUUGGGCGCAUCCAUUGCCUUUCGAGACAAAAGGAGCCAUAUAUAUAUAUAUAAUUACAUCUGUAUUAAUUUAGACUCAAUUUAUAUUUUGUAUAAUGGAUAAAUGAAUUGUGUAUCUACAAUUUAUAUAAUGCAUUUAAUAAUGAAAUUGUGAAUAUAUAUGAUUGUGAAUGUAUUAAUUUAGACUCUAAAUAUAUAAUGAUGAAUAUAUGUUUUUGCAUGUAUGGGCUAUAUAUCAAGUAUAAAGUGAUACAAUGAUGAGUGUUGGACAUGUUUUAAUAUAAAUUCUAUAAUUUUGGAUGUGUGGUGGCUGAGUGGUAAAGCACUUGACUUCUGAACCAGGAGUCCCGGGUUUGAAUCCUGGUGUAAACUGGGAUUUGAAACUUUUGGUUGCUGCUGAGUCCACCCAGCUCUAAUGGGUACCUGACAUUAGUUAGGUAAAAGUAAAGGCGGCUGGUUGCUGUGCUGGCCGCAUGACACCCUCGUUAACUGUGGGCCAUAGAAACACAUGACCUUUACAUCAUCUGCCCCAUGGAUCGCAAGGUCUGAAAGGGGGACUUUACUAUAUUUAAUGUAUAAAAUAAUGAUGAGUGCAAAACUAAUUUGCUUUCAUGUCAGUUGUAGUUCAGCAUUAAAACAGACAUCACCAAACCACUUUAGCAAAACACAUCAGUGAAACACACAUCAGCAAAACAGUUAAGCAAAACACGUCAGUGAAACACACAUCAGCAAAACACAUCAGUGAAACACACAUCAGUGAAACACACAUCAGCAAAACAGUUAAGCAAAACAGACAUCAGUGAAACACAACAGCAAAACACAUUAUCGGAAAACAUUAGCAAAACACACAUCAGCAAAAUAGGUGCCUUGUCCUUAACAAAGAUAGCGUUACAUGGCUUAAGGCAAGGUCAGUAACAUGUAUCAGUGUGCUUUGAGCCUUGUUGACUUGUAAGUGGACUACAGAUACCUUAAUCCCCCCCCCCUUUUUUUUUUAAUGAAAUAAUAUGCUAUGACCUAUUUGAAUAAUGAGAUGUAAAUUAUAUGUAAAUAUUGUAUAUUUAUGUGUAAUGAUUUAUUUACAAAUAUAUUUACAGUUUUAUUUUAUUUGAACAUA